UGGUGACGGUUCAAAUAUUUUGAAUGAAAAAAUCCAUUUUCUAUAAAUCUUUUUGUCCAAUAAUAGUUGAGAAGUUUUAAUUGAUUAAAAUAUUAAUAUUUCGGUAAAACACUCUUCGGCUCCGUCAAUGGAUCGGCCUCAAAGUUAAGAACCACCGGUCAGCUUGACAUAUAAAACUUCACUUCAUUUUUAGGGUUUGCACUGGGUACCCUCCGCAGCAUCUCUUUUCUUCAGAGCCGUCGUAAAGCACGCGAAGAGAGCUGCUUGCGGAGCCAGUCUGAAACGCUAGCCAUGUCGCUCGUUGCGAAUGAAGAAUUUCAGCACAUUCUUCGUGUACUAAACACGAACGUGGAUGGAAAGCAGAAGAUCAUGUUUGCCCUUACUUCCAUCAAAGGUAUUGGUCGCCGUUUUGCCAACAUCGUCUGCAAGAAAGCCGAUGUCGACAUGAACAAAAGAGCUGGUGAGCUAUCAGCUGCUGAGCUUGACAACCUUAUGGUUAUAGUUGCAAAUCCCCGCCAGUUCAAAAUCCCAGACUGGUUUCUGAACAGGAAGAAGGAUUACAAAGACGGGAAGUAUUCCCAAGUGGUUUCCAAUGCGUUGGACAUGAAACUGAGGGACGAUCUUGAACGAUUAAAGAAGAUCAGGAACCACAGAGGUCUCCGUCACUAUUGGGGUCUUCGUGUGCGUGGGCAGCACACCAAGACCACUGGGCGUAGAGGAAAGACUGUCGGUGUCUCCAAGAAGCGAUAAUCUGGAAACCCAGUUUUGUCUUCUCCCUCUGGUUCUUGUUUCUGGCUUGCCUGAUAUUUUGGAGUCUUCCAGAGUUACCCCGCCAUAAUUUAAAAGACCUCAAGUGCGGCUGCUUUAUUGUGCUUCAUAUUGCUUCAGAACACAUGCCUAGUUAUUGUUCCUCCUAGUAUAUUUUUGCAUUUGGGAUGAUUUGAUGGUUUAAGCUUUUAAAAAUGACUGAAGGUAAUUGCUUUUCCUGAA